AUGGCGUCAUCAGCAUCAUCUUCAAAUCGUCAGCGUAAACGAAAACGAGACAAAUCUUCAACAACUUUAAAUUCACAAUCAAACUCCACCCCUGAAAAAGUCCAUUUGAAAAAAUCUCAAAAAGAAAUGUUACGUCAUGAAACAGCUAAGAUCGUUCUCUGGAGACAACCCAUACGCACACUACAUUAUUGUAUACUUGAACUGCUUUAUCUGAGUCAUCUUAGUUUCAAACGUUUGAUAUCCUAUAGGAAAACGUUAUCUCUAUCAGUAGUAAUCGGUAUUCUUCUUCUGUUGAUUUAUAAUGUCGAAGGUCCGCAUCAAACAAGUAUUCAACUUGUGGAAAGUUUACUUUUAUCUGCAUUAUAUUGGCUCGGUCUUGGCAUUGCCUCGUCAGUUGGUCUUGGCACGGGCUUACACACAUUUCUCCUUUAUCUUGGUCCAUUUAUUGCUCAAGUUACCUUAGCAGCAUAUGAGUGUGGAUCAAUCAAAUUCCCUCGUCCACCUUACCCCAAUGAAAUCGUUUGCCCACCUACUACGAGUACAACAACGACAACACGAAUGUUAAUCAAUACAAACGAGACAAUUCUGACUGAUCUACUGGAAACCGGAACAAUCUCUUUCUGGAAAAUUCUAUGGAAAGUUAAACUAGAAGCUUUCUGUUGGGGCCUAGGUACGGCAUUCGGUGAAUUACCUCCGUACUUUAUGGCGCGUGCAGCACGUUUGGGAAAUACCGAUAUGGACGAUGACGAAGAAUUAGGUGACUUUGAACAAUUGCUGAAGACAGCGGAAACACAUAACUUAAAAAAUUUGACCUUAUUCGAACGUGCUCGUUACUUAAUCUUUCGUUUAAUCAAACGUAUCGGAUUUUUAGGCAUACUUUUAUGCGCAAGCAUUCCAAAUCCCUUGUUCGAUUUAGCUGGCAUCACAUGUGGCUAUUUUCUUAUCUCGUUUUGGACAUUCUUUUUAGCAACCAUUAUUGGCAAAGCAUUGAUUAAGAUGAGCAUUCAAACAGUAUUUAUCAUCUUUCUCUUCAGCGAACAUCAUGUGGAAAGAAUCAUUCGCUGGAUGAAACAUAUUCCAUAUUAUGGUCGACUGCUACAAACACCAUUUAAAGAUUGGCUACAGGAACAAAAGGGCAAGAUGCAUCGAAAGCCAGGCGAGAAUUUGACUGGUCAUGUGCAAAGAAUAUCCUUAUUGACUCGAAUAUUUAAUUUCUUUGUUGCUGGAAUGAUUAUAUAUUUUGUUGCUUCGAUUAUCAAUUCAUUAGCACAACGGUACUAUAAACGAACACAUACGGGAUUGAAACUGAUGUAA